GGCAGGAGAGCGGCUCAGCAGCGCCGGUCGAGUCGGUGGGGCCCUGCAGAGCCGAGCCGAGCCCGGGGGACCAUGCCGUCCUACACGGUCACGGUGGCCACGGGCAGCCAGUGGUUCGCGGGCACGGACGACUACGUGUACCUGACCCUGCAGGGCACGUCGGGCUGCAGCGAGAGGCACCUCCUGGACAAGCCCUUCUACAACGACUUCGAGCGCGGCGCGGUUGACUCCUAUGAUGUGACUGUGGAAGAAGACCUUGGAGAAAUUCAGCUAAUAAAAAUUGAGAAACGAAAAUACUGGUACCAGGAUGACUGGUACCUUAAGUAUGUCACUGUUAAAACACCAGUGGGUGACUACUUGGAGUUCCCAUGUUACCGUUGGAUUACAGAUGAAAAGGAGGUUGUCCUUCGAGAUGGAAGAGCAAAGCUACCCCGAGAUGACAAGACUCAGAUUCUGAAGCAGCACAGACGCAAAGAGCUUGAGUCCCGUCAGAAAAUGUACCGCUGGAAGGAGUGGCAUCCUGGCUUUCCCCUGAGCAUCGAUGCCCAUUCUCACAGUGAACUGCCUCGUGACAUCCAGUUUGACAAUGAAAAGGGAAUUGACUUCAUUCUAAACUACACUAAAGCGAUGGAGAAUCUUUAUAUCAACCGGUUCAUGCACAUGUUCCAGUCCUCCUGGAGUGAUUUUGCAGAUUUUGAGAGGAUCUUUGUCAGAAUCAGCAACACAAUCUCUGAAUAUGUGAUGCAGCACUGGAAGGAAGAUUUUAUGUUUGGCUACCAGUUCCUGAAUGGAUGUAAUCCUGUGCUGAUACGGAGAUGCACAGCGAUACCCAAGAAGCUGCCUGUGACUAUGGAUAUGGUAGAAUGCAGUCUGGAGAGGAACCUGACGCUGGAAGAGGAAGUGAAGCAAGGAAACAUUUUCAUUGUGGACUAUGAGCUCCUUGAUGGUGUGGAUGCCAAUAAAACAGACCCAUGCACAAUACAGUACUUGGCUGCACCCAUCUGUCUGCUGUAUAAGAAUCUGGAGAAUAAAAUUGUACCUAUUGCAAUCCAGCUUGGUCAAAAGCCUGGGCCAGACAAUCCCAUAUUCCUUCCUUCAGAUGCCACAUAUGACUGGCUGCUAGCUAAAAUUUGGGUCCGCUCAUCUGAUUUCCACAUCCAUCAGACAGUGACCCACCUCUUACGGACACACUUAGUCUCAGAGGUGUUCAGCAUAGCUAUGUUCCGGCAACUGCCUGCUGUACAUCCCCUCUUCAAGCUCUUGGUGCCACAUAUGCGGUUCACAAUAGCCAUCAAUACCAAAGCCCGAGAACAGCUUAUCUGUGAAUGUGGCCUUUUUGACAAGGCAAAUGCUACGGGUGGAGGAGGACAUGUACAAAUGGUACAGAAAGCAAUGAAAGAUCUGACUUACCGUUCUCUCUGCUUCCCUGAGGAGAUCAAAGCUAAAGGGAUGGACAGCAAAGAGGAUAUCCCCUACUACUACUACCGGGAUGAUGGCAUUAAAGUCUGGGAGGCUAUAAAGAGUUUUGCAGAGGAUGUGAUUCACAUCUACUAUGAGAGCGACGAGGUGGUGUGUGAGGAUGUGGAGCUCCAGGCUUUUGUCAAAGACAUUUACGUCUAUGGGAUGAGGGGUGUGAAAGCCUCAGGGUUUCCUAAGAUGAUCAGGACACGAGAGACACUAGCAGAAUAUCUCACAGUGAUAAUAUUCACCGCAUCGGCUCAACAUGCAGCUGUGAAUUUUGGUCAGUAUGACUGGUGUUCCUGGAUUCCCAAUGCCCCACCAACAAUGCGCUGCCCUCCUCCAACAGAAAAGGGGACUGUCACCAUCGAGCAAAUUGUGGAGAGUCUGCCAGACAGGGGACGUUCUUGUUGGCAUCUUGGAGCUGUUUGGGCCUUAAGCCAAUUCCAGGACAAAGAACUAUUUCUGGGCAUGUACCCAGAUGAACACUUCGUGGAGAAGCCAGUGAAAGAGGCUAUGGCAAAAUUCCGCAAGAAUUUGGAUGAGAUUGUCAGCACCAUCACCGAACGCAACAAGAACAAAAAGCUUCCUUACUACUACCUUUCCCCAGAUCGCAUUCCCAACAGUGUUGCUGUUUGAAGAGAUAGCCAGGGGAGUUUGGAGACAUGUAAAGCUAAUGAUGCUUUUCUGUUACAUAUACUUCUUCAAUUAACUUUCAGAAAUGGAUAAGAAACCCACCCCCUCCAUCAGAGCUGGCCUAAGUCUAUCUGAACUUUCAGAAUGCAUCUGGUUAUGACCAACCUUGCAGACAAAGUCUAGUCGACAACCCUCUAGGUCAAAUUUGUUAGAAGUUUAUUUUUCCAGGAUUUUAAAAUUAAUCUUAGAAUCAAUAUACAUGUUUCUGUUAUCUUGCCCUCUCCUUGACAAAACAAUGCAAUCAUAGAUUGACUUACUCAAUGGAAAAAGUAUCAUGAGCAGUAAGCAAGUCACAUCUUUAAAAUCCUUCUGUUUUAAAUAGGUGACACUGGUGACAUAGAAGAAUGUAAUCUUUAAUGUAUAUGCAUUGGUUUUAAUCUGAUUAAAACAAAUGUUAAAUAUUUUCACAACAAUUGUGAACAUCCUACUAAGGAUAAAGGUAAAAGAAGGACAUUUUCCUAACGUAGCUGAUGGGAUUUUAUCACUUUCUUACCAAGUUCAUGUGAAAUGGCAUCUCAUAAGAGAUGAAAAUUUUGUACCUACAUAAACUUAAGUAUUUUCUGCAUAAAACUAGGAAGGUUUGUUUUAGCCUGUCCAGCAGAGUUUGAUGUCCAUCACACGUACGGACAAACGUUUUACUCAGCACAACAGCAGCAAGUACAGACCUAGCAGUGCUUAUGCUCAAUUUCUGUUUCGUUGCUUGAGGCUGCUGAGUUUUGUGGACAGUUUGUUCUGUUUUGUGGGGAAUGAGGAGGCUACUUCAUAUAGUGGAAGAAUUUCUGGAGAAGGCUUAAAUGACAGCUUCUAAGAGGAAUCUUAGAUUUGGCCAGUUAAGCAAAACUAACAUGUUCCAUCUUAGAGACAACUGAGUUUUGUCUGUUUUGUUUAGAGGUAAAUAGGUUCAAAUACUUGGACUUUGGCUAAAGUUGAGAGAGUCACUGAGAUAAUGAAAGCAAAAUUGAGGUUUGAGAAAUUUAAGAGUUGUACUUUUGGUGAUAACAAUUUGGGUGUAUUUUUCUGAGAAUUUGUUCCUUGUACUAGGUGCACCAGCCUGCAAUGUAUUUUCUCAAUAAAUAAGAAAGCUUCUUCUAAUAAAACAAAACUGAACAUCUA